AUGGAAGCAAUCGUGGAUCGACCUGAACUUUUUCAACCUCCUUGUUCAUCGCCCGAGGUUGCCGCUGAUAUUUGGGACCAACCGCUUCUCCAUGACCUUCCAGGUCCAAAUGGGACGAAAUUCAUGGAUGCGGAUGCCAACGAGGGACGGUACGUAUUCAGUCUGUGUAUGGACGGCCUGAACCCUUUCGGCAAGGGAGGUCCCUCCGCUUCUGUCGGUGCGAUCUAUAUGGCACUACUCAAUCUCCCACCGGAGAUGCGAUACAAGAUCGAGAAUAUGUACUUGGUCGCGAUCUUUCCGGGACAUCCGUCGAAGGAACAGAUCAAUCCUCUUCUAGCACCGCUCGUGGAUGACCUUCUCGACGCGUACGACUCCGGGAUCCGCUUUUCAGAAACUCCUCUUCAUCGUGAGGGCAAAACAUGCCGAUGUGCAAUGAUUCCACUUGUUUGCGACCUCGAAGCGGCUCGUCAGAUGGCAGGUUUCAGCACACAUGGUCAUACCUUUUUCUGUUCCUGCUGUUACCUGAAGUUAUCAGACAUCGAGAACAUUGAUUACUGGACUUGGCCUGAACGAACCACCGAGCAACAUCGUGCAUCAGCAGAACAAUGGAAGAAUGCUGAGCCAGAAGAACGGCAGAAGAUCAUGGACGAUUAUGGACUCAGGUGGUCUGAAUUGCUACGCCUACAUUACUGGGACCCGAUCAAAUAUACUGCACUCGAAGCGAUGCAUCUCCUGUACAUUGGACUUUUGGGGCGUCACAUUGACAAGGUCUGGGGAAUGAGUGCGAAACACGCAGAUGGUCUACGAGGAAUCGUCGAUGACCCCAAACCUACCCAAAAGGAAACAGAACAGGCUCUUCACAUUCUGAGGACUGGAUCUGGCGAUGAGCUUUCUGGCCUUCGAGUGGAAGCUCUGAAGCAAUUGUGUCGAAUUAAGAUGCUGCGAUCUUCGGGACGGCGGGGUAAAUUGUUGAAGCGUCUCAUUGCAUAUCGGAAGGAACAAGGAUGGUUCGAUAGCAAUGGCAAUCCGUUGUCAGACGAGCAGCAACCUCUGAGGCCAGAUCCUGCGGUGAAUAAUGUCCCACAUCCGAAGGAACUGGCGGUUGCUCUGGUAGCAGUUGACUCUAAGCCAGGCACUGCGUUACAAAGAUUGCGUCGAGAUGUACUUCGUGAAGUAUGCAUGCAGAAGCUUGGAGGGACCAUUCAUGAUUAUGAGAAGAAGACCAAGGACGAACUUCUGGCGCUGCUGACUCAAUAUCGCUUGGACCAGAAAAUAGCGGAUAAACAUGGCAAUCUUUUUGCGGCUCAAGAUCUUCCAGUAUCGCGGUCGCGUGUAGUGACUAAGGAAGAACUGGAGGAUGCCGUGGAAAAGUUCGACACGGGAACAAAAUCAGCUCUGAACAAACUCCGGCUGCCUGUCCUUAUUCAGCUCUGCUGCCGGAAAUUACCCCAAGAUAUUGUCGAUACUCUCAAGAAGAAGAGUGACGUUCAGGCAGCUAUUCAUCAGGCUCGCAUAAAAAUGGGAAUCACUGACAAUUCAGGAAAGCUCCUCGUACGUAGAGAGAAGCAUCUUCCACAGAGCACUGGCGAAGCUGGCCAAGUAGAGGUGGCUGAGGACAUUUUGGAACACGGAGCUACGUCCAAACUCAUGAAGCUCAGCACUGCCGUUCUGGUUAUGUUGGCCGCGAAGAAGUUCAAAGGCAAAACGCUUCAGAAAAAAGAUGACGUUCUUCAAAGGAUGCGGGCGUAUCGACUAGCGGAAGGGAUCACAGAUGCUGAUGGAAAGCUCAUCGAAGGUAGGACGAGAAGUAGAAGGGUACUUGGCCGGAGGAUGCUCUCUAUCAUCUGGAAGGAUAUGGAUGCAGUUGUACUACCUUCAACGUUGACACCGCCACCCCGUCGACCAGGCACGUCAUCGGGAAAGCUAGAGGCUGACGAACUUCGCACAUUUUGCACGAUUAACCUCACUAUAUCUCUGAUCUGGGCCUGGGGUAGCAAGCCUAGCGAUUCAAGAGAAUAUCGAAUGCUUCAAAAUUUCAUGGAUCUGAUUACUGCCGUGAAACUGGCCUCUUUGCGAACCAUGACGUCGGAGAGGAUUACACGAUAUCGCAGGCACAUGCAUCGCUAUCUUCGGACUCUGCUGGAACUUUUUCCAGGUACAACGAUCAGCCCGAAUCAACACAAUUCUCUACACUUGCCAGAGCACCUGGAACGGUUCGGUCCAACGCACUCAAUUCGGGCUUUCAGCUUUGAGCGAAACAAUGGUGACUUACAGACGAUUCUGACGAACAAUAAAAUGGUCGACCUCCCUGGCACGAUGUUACGACGUUUCUGCAUGAGACAGAACCUACGGAGCUUAUUCAACCCUGAAUCUCUUCCACAAUCCAUUUCUUCCAUCAUAGCGCCCUUUAUCAGCUCGUUCCAGUCCGAACACCGCGGGACACUGCUCCAGGAUAUGCUGGCAUUCGAAGAUCCACUGGGUGACCCCGAUCUGGAUAAUGAUGAGCUUGAAGAAGAGACUCGAGACUUCUCUAGACUUGGAGACCAAGAGUGGAAUGCGUUACAAAGCUGGUUCGCAGGCCACAAUUUCAUCAGGCCGCACAUCAACCGUUACGUCGUGCGGAACAAGAAGCUCGAAGUCCAGGACGAUAUUUAUAAACCAGUGACCACGAGCCGAGGCGACAGUUAUAUUGUCUUCCAAUGUGCGGACGACGCCGACUGGAGAGCUGGCCGCGUCGUCGAUAUUUUCACUCACUCAUACCGACAGGAAAAUAUUGAUGUGCGGAGAAACUUUUUACUCGUCGAGGAGUACAUCGCGCUCGAGAUAAGGCACAUUCAGUUUGAUCCCUACAGGAAAUUCCCUUUUGUUGGAGGCCGACUGUUCUACGACAAAGUCCGGGACCAGCUCAUAGUUCUAGAGGUAGAUGAAAUUACUUGUCACUUCGCGCACACCAGGCGCACAACUCCUAGUAUCGACAUCGAUUGUGUACACGUCUUACCGUUGAAUAAGUGGUAG